AUGCUAACCUUCAGUCCCAUGUUUACUUGCCUCAGAUCUUGCUGGUGGAAGACGUUGAUUUCAUCGACAAUUUUUACUGAGCCCUUAACCAUGGCUUGUGUUUGGUUCAUAACUUCUUUGGUGCUGGUAGUGAGUGUGUGCAACGCAGAGGCCCUCCGGUGUUACCUCUGCGAAGACUGCGUCAACGAACACCCUUCUUCUCCGGUUGAGUGUGGAUCACUCCUGGACGCAUGCGCAAAAGUGGAGGAUGACAACAGCAUAGCAAAGUCAUGCGUCCCGAAGAACGUUUGCCAUGCAGGCAAGAAUGUACUGAAGGUGAUGAAUAUCUUCAAUAACCCAUUCAGCGAUUCACAUGAACCGACCGUCCACUGCUGCUACACCGACAGUUGCAACGGCGCCGGCAUUGCUGGUCCCGCGGCUCUGCUACUGCUGAGCUCCUUGCUCAUGGCCUGCGUACUCCUGUUCUGAAGCUGCGAUCAGUACUAAAAUCUUCCUCUAAGAUUAUUAUUUGAACCGAUUCUGUUAAGUGUGAUGACUAAUGGAGAGUUAAGAGAAUGUUUUAUGGAAAGGUUUCCAGGAUUUGUUGCAAUGUUUGUUUUGAUGAUAGGUUAGUUGGUAGGCUCUGAGACGGUGAGCGGCAAUGGCCCCCUCACACUGCAAUUAGAGAAUUAUUAAUGCAGUUAGUGCUCGUGAGUUUGGAAAUUAUCUGAGUCGUUUUAUUGCUAAAAUUAAAAAUUCAUCGGCUGCGUAAUCGAUUAGCAUGCAACAAUGAUAACUUUGUUUUAUGUAACGUCGUCAAUUGUGGAUGACCUCAGCUCAUGUCCGGUACCGACAAUCAGGGCAUAGCUACUGAUGUGAGCAUCCAGUGCACCAGAAUGAGAGGACGGGAAUGAUCGGCGGUAGUAGACAUCUCAACGAGCAUCUCAUUGUUUCAGAUGAGACGAAUUGCGUGUUUCAACUGGCUUAGCAAGAAGGUUUGCAUGCAUUAUAGUUCCUUGCUUGUCCUUCUGAUACCUCACGAGCAGUUUUGAACUUCAAUGUUACCUUUGUUACCUACUCUGAUCCUCGCUAUCCAAAAAUUUCUGGAAAUACAAUUUUCACAUGUGCUUGAUUUCACAUGUGCUGAAAUUGAGUACGAUUUUAUUUCAUAGAUUGUCACGAAUUAGCGUUGGACGAAUUUGAACGUUUAUUCUAAAUAAAAUUUAUGUAUCACUUUUAAUGCUACCUUGUAAAGGAUAAUAUUAAGAUGUGCCGGCGCUUUUUAAUCUAUACAGUCAAUAGCAAAUAAGUUACCAGAGACUUUUCACUAAAAAUGUAUA